AUGUUGGGGAUUUCCUACUGGAUCGUUCCCAUCUUUUCGGCCGUAGUAUGGACGGCAAUGUUAAUCACUAUGCUAGUGUACUGGGCAGCAACAGGACGACCACACUACGUAUCCAUGUCCGAGGGGCAACAUAUUCCCUACAUCUCUGAUAUUGGCGCGGACGUACUCAAGCCAAUGUUCAUCGCCAUGUCCGCUAUAACAGUGGUGACCUUCGACCUCGCCUUCAUCUUUGAGCGCUGGCUACGGCACGCAGGUAGACUUACACCAAAUACCUCGGUCUGGCAGAAGGUUUAUUCAACCUUGGCCACCAUCGCCGCAGUUGUCGGUGCAGCGGGUCUCAUUCUUCUGAGUAUCUUCGAUGCAAAACGCCACAACAAACUACACAACAUUUUCCUGGGUGUCUUCAUCCUCGGUUAUAUCGUAAGCGCCAUCUUCAUAUGCUUGGAAUACCAACGCCUGGGAAUCCACUACCGCCAGCAUUCCGUCCUCCGAAUCUCCUUCUGGAUCAAACUCUUCUUCAUCAUCGCCGAGAUAUUCCUCGCGAUUGCCUUUGGAGUUACCUCGAAAAAGCACAUUUACAAUGUUGCUGCGAUUCUAGAGUGGAUCGUAUCCUUCAUCUUCUGCUUCUACGUCCUGAGCUACUUUGUCGACUUCCUCCCCGCGCUCCGCACCAAGAACCACCAAUCUAAGCAAACGGAAAUGCAGUUGUUAGAAGAAGGCGGACGGACAAACAUGGGUGAUGGAGCGGCAGAGAGCCAGCAGUACUACCGUGGAAAUGCGGCGACGGCGGCGCCAUAUGCCAAUGGAGCAACGAACGGAUAUACCAACGGUACCAACGGUUACACCAACGGCAAUGGAUACUCGAACGGCCAUACCAACGGAUACACCAACGGCAAUGUAUCACACAACAACAAUGGUUACCCCAUGCCCGCUGAACCAGCUCCUCUGGCCUCGAGGAACUUCUAAACGUCCGAGAUUAAAUACCUUUGUUUCUUUUGUACAUAUUCCUGUUCGAAUUUCACGCCUAGAACGACCGAUACCUUUAGUCUUGUCAGCUAAGUUGUAUGGAAAUGGUUGCAUAAUGAGGUGUUUUGGGAGGAACACGUG